AUGUCGCACGUGAGGGAAACCAAUAUCAGAGAUGAUUAACGUCUAACAACAACUAGGUGUAAACAACAAAAGAAAUUGAAGAAAUGGUAUGUAUAUCCCAAUUGAUACGGCUUAUUAUAUUGUUAAUGUACUAAUUUGGACUUAGCCUCCUAAACUUUCGAAAACUUCGAAAACCAACCAAAUUACCAUCAUAAAAUUCAAGCGGAACAAAAGUACUUAUGUUUUGCCUUUAGACCUAAAUACCAAAGCUUCUUUAUCUUUAGAGAAUUUUAAAUCCUCAUUGGCUAAAGCAAUAGAACAGUCAGGCGGUAUCUCUCUUGUCGAGGAGGACGAGGAAACUAAUAAGUUGGAUGAAGACGAUAUCGAAGUUCCCAAAUCAGAAUACAUUGAUAACAUGGAGAAUGAUGGAAUGAUGGAAGAUAAUGAAGAAGAUUUCAAGAACAUGAUCCAAGAUGUAAAAGCCGAUAACUUGAUAUUGGCACUUCCAAAGGAUAAGACUUCGCCGUACGAUAAUAACUGGAUCGAAAUAACAGACGACUCUAGUAUAUCAAGCCUUAAGUUUAAUGAUUAUGAUGUAAUAGCUUUUAAACAUGUUGACGACGAUAGAUUUUUCAUUUCGGAAGCUGCAUACGAUGAAUAA